UUCAUUUUUUAUCAUCUCGGCAACAUUCAUAUUCAGAAGACUUAUUCAAUGGCAUGGAAAAUGACAAAAGCGGUCCAGCGAAUCUGGCCAGCACGACAGCACCAGAAUCCGAAGGCCUGGUCUUCCUUACCCUUGGCGAUGGAGACUUCUCGUUUUCGCUUGAUUUCGCGAAAUGGCUGGCAACCAACAAAACUUUUGGGGAUCAAAACGGGUCUUUGCAAUUAAUCGCUACGGUAAUUGACUCUCUCGAAGAAAUAAAGCAAAAAUACAAGAAUGCUUCGUUUCUGCUAAAAAAAUUGGAAAAAUUUUGUGAACUUUCUCGUUUGACGGCUACGACCUGUUUCAACGUAAACGCUGUUGAUGCUUACGACCAGAAUGCAAAUGCACUUAAAGGGUUCGGGGGCGCUGAUCGAGUAAUCUUCAAUCACCCCCAUCUUGGAACAGAAAGCGCCACCCUUCAUUUUCAUUUUCUAUGCCAUCUAUUUCAUACCGUCAAAGAAACUUGGAUGAAAUCUGGAGGCCUAUUCCAUUUGACUUUGGCGGCUGGGCAGUAUUCAAGGUGGAAGUGUGAACAGGCGGCAGAGCGACAUGGCAUGGUGGUUUUAGAUCGCUGCGAUUUCCAACCACCUCAUGUCUCCGAACCCUACUACCACUUCCGUAGACAUCAAAGUGGCAAGAGCUUUGCGAAUCGGACUGCCGGUAAAAGUGAAACAAUAACGUAUGCAAGACGAUAUGACAGAGAAAAAUUAUGUGCAUCCUCCUGGCAACCCUGCUGGUACGACGAGAGUAUCAAAAAAAUUGAAAGAACUGAGAUGAAAUGUCCCCAUUGCGAUAAAAUGUUUUUAGAAGAAAGGUCGGUCAAGAAUCAUGUCAUGGCCAAGCAUCCGCACGAUAAGAAACGAAGACGAGAUGGAGCUGUUUUUUCCUGCCUCCAGUGCGAACCUUGUCGGAUUUUCGAGAACCAGAGAGCGCUAGACGAUCACACACAAGCAAAGCACCAGGCUGUGCAUUUGGAUUUGCUUCCGGACUGGUCAAACAUUACGAAGGACACCUCUACGUGUGAUACGCAAACCUCUUGCGAGAUUUGCGACAUGGUGUUAGAUCCAAAACUCGACUCCUCCGCCCACCACAUUCAAGUGUUCACGCCAGUAAAUCUUGCCCAGGCAAUAAGAUUGGCAGAGCGCUUUAAAUGCGUUUAUUGCUGCAAAAGCUUUCAAGAACAGCGCGCGCUUCGGCAGCAUGAGAAUUUUUGCCGAGACUAGCCGUAAAGCAAUGUUUGGUAUGGUGCAGGUCUUCCAUCUUCCCUAGAUUAUUAUUCAACAAAUUAUGGAAACACUAUGAUGGAGAGAGAAAAGGCGUGAAGGCGAAAUUAAAAAAGAUACUCAAAGGAGGCAAAUGGUACAUGUAAACCUUCAAUAAUGCAACAUCAAUCGCUUGUUGGAUCUCCACCGCCUUGCUCUGAUGAAAAAUCAAAUUGUGCUUCUCCUGAGGUUGAAUAUAAGUUCGGGCUUUCGCCGAAUUCUGGCGCAGAAUGGGAAGAAUAGGGAUUUGAAGUAUUCAGGGGAGUUGGCUGCUGAUCAUGCGCUUG